GGAAGAGGGGCGACGGUGAGGACGUGGUCGGCGGAAUUCCGAGCCGGACGGGGGCUCAGCUCGGCUCAGCGAUAUGGAGCCGCUGUACCAGCAAACGCUCAAGCAGAUCCAUGAGAUCCAGUCAAACAUGGGACGCCUAGAGACAGCUGACAAGCAAUCUGUGCACCUAGUAGAAAACGAAAUCCAAGCAAGCAUUGACCAGAUAUUCAGCCAACUUGAACGUUUGGAGAUUUUGUCCAGCAAGGAACUUCCUAACAAAAGACAGAAUGCCAAACUCCGUGUGGACCAGUUAAAGUAUGAUGUUCAGCACCUGCAGACUGCUCUUAGAAACUUCCAGCAUCGGCGAUAUACGAUGGAGCUGCAGGAGAGACAGCGAGAGGAACUUCUGUCUCGCACUUUCACCACCAAUGACUCUGACACCACCAUCCCCAUGGAUGAAUCACUGCAGUUUAACUCCUCCCUCCAGAAAAUCCACCACGGCAUGGAUGAGCUCAUUGGCGGCGGCCACAGUAUUCUGGAGGGACUGAGGGCCCAGAGGCUGACUUUGAAGGGGACCCAGAAGAAGAUCCUGGACAUUGCCAACAUGCUGGGCUUGUCCAACACAGUGAUGCGGCUCAUCGAGAAGCGGGCCUUCCAGGACAAGUACUUCAUGAUUGGGGGCAUGCUCCUCACCUGUGUCAUCAUGUUCCUUGUGGUGAAUUACCUGACCUGAGCUGACCCCACCUAUGUCUGUGUGUGAGUGUGUGUGCCUGAAAGGGGGGUGCGUGUCUGUCUCAGCUCCAGAGCCCUGGGAAGGAAACGUCAUAUGGAACCUCGGGGAAGUUUUCAUCUCUGUUUUCUCUGCCAUCUUGGAGGGAAAGCCAAGGCUACUGAGAUGCUCGGUGCUUAGGAAAUGAAAGACAUACCACCCCCUCCUUUCUCUCUCUCUCUUACAACCUCACUGGGAGCCUGAGGAUCCAGGCAUGAGGAAGGAAGGGGAGGAGAAGGGCUUUGUUCACAUCACCAGUGUAUGCUGGGAGGGUUCAUUGCUGAGCUGAGUGGCCCGGCCUGACUACACGCUGCCAUUACUGCCUUUCUGGAGCCUCGUAGCUGGGCCCGUGCAGCUCUGGCUGCUCGCUACCUCCCCUCAUCUCCAAGUGGCAUACAGCUGACUUAUACUCAGCACUUUUGUGGAUACAUUACCUGUAAGAAACAGGCAUUGCCCAUUUGCUAACAAAGAGUUAAGAUUUUCCACAUUACAUUUUGUAGGCAUUGCCCCAUUCUAAUGUGAAGUGAAUGUUCUUCCCCGGGAAUAUCCACUCUUGGGACCACAACAGUCCAGUCUUUGUGUCCCUUCCCCUGCUUCCCCCCGCCCCACAGUAUUUGAUGGAAUGGUUGACUUCACAUUCCACCAUGGCACCUUGGCCACCUUGCCCACCCCCCAACUCCCUCCCUCUCCAAGUCCAGGCUUCAGUGGGUCCUUUGCCCCUUGGAAAGAAGCUGUGAAAUAGUGACAAGCCAGUUAGUUACCAUCUCCUCCUAGAUCAGCACCUCUCAGCUUUUAUUUUUCCCUGUCUUGAACCUCAGCAGCAGCAGCCACCGGCCGAGCCCCCAUUGCCCCAGUAAGCAUGUGCCACGUGGAGCAUGCCCAGUGUGGGAGAAUCUUCAGGAAUGGGACUCUGACUAGAUGUAGCUUAGACUGGCUGAUCAAUGCCUAUGUCUGGUGUAAUGGGUGGCUGAGCGCCAGAGACCAGGUUAGCAUUUUCCCUGCCCAUAGGCCCCUCCAGACCUUGAUUUGGUAGCUUCAUGGCAACACAGUAAUAUUCAGAAUUUCCUGAAGAGCUGGAAACCUGCUUAGUAUUACCCCACCUCCACCUGGGACUGUGCAAAUGUCUUCUCCCACACCCCUGUGUGCAACUCUCUUUGGGUGACUAUUUCCUGAUUGUCACCGACUUUUGACAUGGGCUUUUUGAAUACUGAGUUGUCUGUUUAGUUUUUUGGUGGAAUCUCCCUUUGUUCUUACCCCUCUGCACUCACAGAGGGCCCCAGGUUUCCUAGGAAGGGGGAAUCGUAAAGGAAGUGAGGCCCUGAGUGU